ACCCAUAACAACGGGGCGAAAUUAUUUACUUCGAAGAUUUUUUUCCUACACAACCGCACAUUUUUCCUUUUACGUGUAUCUUCUCCAAGUUGUCUGAACGCGUCAAGUCCACACGUUGAUAUGUUUAUACAUUUAAAUGACACCAGCGGAGGAGAGUUAAAGUGACUUCCCUAAUCACCUAUUUUUAAAACAUGAAACAAGGAAUUGCAUAAUUAAUUUUGUUACUUCGCAUAUUUAAAUAGCUAUUUUUUAUUCAUAUUUCAUUCGCUAUAUUUUUUCAAGUAACGCUAUAUAUAUUUUUAAUGUGUUUUUUUUUUCUCGCACUAAAUGUUUUCAACAAGCAUGUCUCGAGUAAGGUUUUUUGGUGAUGUUGACAAUUCUGAAGAGGAGGAGGAUAAUGAUGACAUGAGCAGUGUUACAACUAAUGUAGGGGGCGUUGCGCCCUCUAACGCCACGAGAAAGAAAGGUAGUGGUAUCUCGGUUGAGCUACCUGUGUCAGCGCACGAGUUACUGCUUAAGGUAGCAAGUAUAUUAGACAGCGAAGAGGAUCGUGCACAAUUAUUCAAUGCUUUACGGUUAUACCACGAAUCUCGUAAAAUAAAGAAACUCGUUCGCGAGUUGAAAAUUGUUCUCAACACGGAAAAAAAGUAUCCUUUAUUUAAAGUCAUCAGGGCGUUACUACCAAGCCAUCAUGUAGCAUUGUAUGAUAAACUUACAACAGUCAGCAAGAAUGGUGAACGUUUAAUUCGCAUCCAAAGGACUGGAAGCGGUUCUAUGGGUUUCACAUUCAGAGGAGGUAUAGAGCAUGGUAUUGGCUUUUAUGUGACGUCGGUUAGAGAGGAUUCUCCAGCACAUAAAGCUGGUCUCAGAGUAUCAGAUCAAAUUCGGAAGAUUAACGGACUUCCCUUACAUGAGUCUAUUCACGAAGAAGUGUUGUCCAUCUUUAGAAAUAAAUCAUCCGUUACAUUGUUAGUCAAAAACAUUGGACGAAUCCCAAGCAAAAUAAAUAACGAAAUCGUUUGGAGCGUUAUAAGUGAUACAACAGAACCGGUUGUACAACCAGAUGUUACAGAAGAAAAUGACAAACAAGAAGAAAAAGAUCGUUUGUUAGCAUUUAAGGUUGGGAAGGAUGGCCUUGGAUGCAGCAUCCGAAGCGGAAUUAAAGGACACAGAGGAAUUUACGUUGUGGCUGUUGAGAAGAACACUUUAGCUGAGCAAGUUGGUUUAAAGAUUGGAGAUCAAAUCCUUGAUACAAAUGGAAAAGAUUUUGUUUACAUCUCUCACCUUGAGGUUAGCUUACACAUUUUCUCUCUAUUUAACCCUCAUCACCAAAAUCAAGGGUUAUUUAUCCCUAUUAAAUGGCCUGUAUUUAUUUUACAGGCUGUUGAAUUUUUGCGUGACAAGGUUCAACUCACCAUGAUUGUAAGACACAGUACGGAAGUUAAAAGAAUUAUCGAAGAUUCUGAGAAAGAGGUGAUCGAGGUAAAAGAAGAACCGCUGAUCAAGAAAGUCAGGUUCGGAGACGAGGAAAAGGUGGAAUACAUAGAUAUUGAGCCAUAUGAAAUUAAAGACGAAGAAGACGAAGAUGUUGUUCUUCCAAACGAAAGCAACUUUGAUUAUCCUGAAGAGAUUUUAGAAGGUAAAGAAGUACACUAUGUUUCCAUUCCAAAGAAAGGACCGCUUGCUUUCAACAUUGAACAGAAGGGCGAUAAAAUUCUUGUAAAGUCGAUAGCUCGUCGCGGGGCAAUAGCUGAACAUGGUUUUAUUCGAGUUGGUGAUUGGUUAUUGAAUGUGGAGGGUACAGAACUGAUCGACGUCACAGAAGCACAGGCUAAUGCGAGUAUUGUGAAAGCUUUCAGUGACUGGUCGAAAUACAUCGAGUUUAUUGUUGCUUGCCCACCUGGAAGAAUUCCAAGCAGACUUCCCACUAAAGAGGAGACUUCCCAGACAGUCAAAGAGAAGACUUACUUUUUAUCUGCUAAAUUGUUAAACCAGCAUCGAAAGAUGUCAAUGGGAGGUGUGCGUGGCGCUGUUGAAUCGUUUGAGUUGCAAAGUGAUAUUGUUAGUAAGUCACGUAAGAAGAGGAGGGACAGUAUUGAGAAGAUUCAACUAUCACAAACCGAGACUGAUGACAGUGGAAACAAUUCUUCGUCGUCACAAAAAACACACAAGCAGAUUUUUUCAAAAUACACUUCAGCUGCUCCGAAGAAACAAGCUAUAUUAGAAGGGGGUACCAUUAAAAGGAAGGCAUCCGUUGUAUCUGUAAACACGUUUCUUCGAAAUGAUGCAAAUAUUGAUUCUGAUGGAGAAGCUGCUGUAGAGGCCAGUAAAAAAGCUUCAACAAAUGGGAGCAGCAGUAUUCUAAAGCCUGUGGAAGGUCGUUUGGAAAAUGUUGAUAAAGAUAGGUUAAUUAUUAACAGCGACGACGACCGACUAAAUGAUGGCAACGAACCCCGAAGUGGGAGAGCAAGCUUUAUCUCUCCUUUGGUUACAAAAAAGUUACAGAAUACUAAUAGCAGCGAGGGUGUUGUUAAUGCUUCAGAAAUUCAACGAGAAGAUAUAUCAAAAGGACAUUCGUAUGGCGGUAUUGGAUACCUCACGAAGGAUUUUCAGCCAUCAAGUCGUUCAUCAGCACUGCUCGAUACAAAAAAUGCACCGGAACAUGUGAAAGGAGAUUAUGGAACGAAAGAUUUCGAUACAACUCUCACUCUUUCUGAAGUAAAUAAAUCUCUUUCAAAUUCCUUCUCCAUACAGCGGUCUAAAAGAAUACAUCGUCAUACUGAGCGAGGCAGCGUGUUAAACAACGGUCUGUUUGAGCACGGAAAUUCAGCUGAAGCAAAAGAAAUUAUACCUAGUUCAACAGAUGGUUCAUUGUACGAAACUAAUGCUGACGUCAAUGCGAUGAAAUCAAUGUUUGAAAAAGCGCCUACGGAUGAGGGUCAUUAUAAUAUACAGGAAGGUUCAGUGAAACGAAAAAAAGAUGUGCAAUUAUCGAGUUUAAAAGAUCAUUCAUUUUACGAAACUAACGCUGAUGUCAAUGCGAUGAAAUCCAUGUUUGAUAAAGCACCUGAGAAGGAGGAUUUUUACAAAAGGAACAAAGGUGAUAUCAAUCAUUCAAAGGCAGACAGUGGUUCAGGUGAGAAUAAUAAGUUUGGUGAAAGGAACGAACUAGUGUUGCCAGAUCUGUUUUAUACACCAGCCGCUGAUGAUGAAGCAUCGUCUCAAAGGGAUUCAGCUCGAUCUGCUAAAGACAUAUGGAUAAAUUCACAGCAGCAAUUUGAAGAGUCUAAGGCUCAAGAGGAUGAAAUAGUACCCGUAACAUUAAAUGACGUUGAGAACGUUAAAAACAAAGAAUUUUUCACUAAUAAUGUUAGCAGUUUUGACGACAAUCGGCCGACAGAGGAAACAUCAAAGCGACGCUCGUUGUUAAUAUCACAAUCAAGUGUUGAUGUUCCGGUCCAAGUGCAUAUGGCGCAAGUACUGGCUCCUGCGGUUUCAGAUUAUCGGCGGAAGAAAAUACAAGCGGACGAAAAGAAUGGGAAAGAGAGUAUUAUUGUAAAUACAUCUACUGUUGACAGAUCACCGUACCAAACUUCUUCACCUGAUGUCGUGUUAGGUGCAGGUCGGUUAAAAGACCUUCGAAACUCCUACGAAAGUAGUUUUGUUAAAAGCGAUGAAAAUAAAGCUCACAACAGCGGUAAUGAUCGUUUUCAAGUGACGAAGAACGGUCAGUUAGAUCAUAACAAAAGCUCUGACACUAACGAGCUAACUAUAUCUCGUGGGUCCAAUAAUUUGUUUUUACCGUCACCGUACCGAAGAGCACGUCCAGUGCACGAUAUGAUUGCAGCGCCGAUAGCUGAUUUAAACAAAGAAAAUCUGGGUGAAGUUACACGAGCCAAUUCUAAGACACUGUCUAAUGGGGAGAGCAAUUGGAUUUCCAAAAAACCUCUAACUCAUGAGGAGAUUAUGAACAUCGGCAAAAAUGAUAAAGAGGAAUUGGUGACGUCAUUUGAAAGGCAAGAUGAUCGACGCCCAGUAUCUUACCCUUCUCACGCCCAUAAAGAAGCAACAAAUAACCGCCCAUCUUCAUUUCCUGCCGCCCUAAAUACAAGUAAUUUUUUUCAACAAACGAGCGUGACUUCUCCAAAUGAUUCAGAAGUAAAAUCAAUUCUUACAAAAGGGCGCAAAGGCAGCCCGAAGAAGGUACAAUUCAGUAAUUUUGUUACUUUUAGAACAACGGACAUAUUAAAACCACCUGUAAAUAACCCAGUCUACACUUCCGAAGAGGAAGAUGAAGGUAGUAUAAUGCUGCCGACACAUAGCGCUAACGCCCACACGCAGAAAGAAAUUGACGAUAUUGUUAACGUCAUCAACAGUUCUUCUCCGAGUAUUUCGUCUUAUUCUUAUGUCAACUCUACGGUACCGAAUAACUAUCAAACUACUGAUUCAAGUAUAGAAUCCAGUGACUACGUCAUUAGCGGCGAUAUUUAUCGUGCUAGCCCUCGACAUUUAACAGACAGUUUAAACGAAUCCGGAAAAGGAAAGAAGUCAACAAGUAAAGGGUUUCUUCAGAAGGCAAAAAACAAAUUAGCGUCAAAGUCAACUAAGAAGCAAUCUGUUGAUCAACCUCUUUCAGAUGACACAAUAGGUUUUACUAAAACUGUUACGCAACCUCCUUUAAGCUUUAAUUUCAUUGGACAAAGAUCAGCCAUGUUAAAUAAACAAGUGGAUUUACUUUCUGCGGAGAGAAGUCCGCGCGGUAACGAUGAUAACGUGCGCGAUAAUCGCAUACGAAAACGACAAGCGGGAAAUAUUGCUGACGUCGAUAUUUUAGUAUCGUAAAAAAAGAGAAUUGAAGAACUGAUUUGAGUUUCUUGUACAUUUGUAUAUAUUAUUAUAUUUGAUUUACUCUACAUGGUGUUAAAAAGAUAUACAAGUCAACUUUCA